UAAUAGAAAAGUUAAAGAUCUUCUCGUACUUGUUAAGGGUGUUGAUCGCAAGCACGGAAAAGCAAGCGCUAAAAGAAAUCUUGAUGCAAACUUGGACAAACUUUUUGAUAUUUUUGCGUGUUCCUGUUCAUUAGAUGUGUUUCCCUGUAGUGACAGAAAAGUUUCAUGUAAUAAAGAAAAUUGCAUCAAAGAACAUAUUGUAUGCCUUUGUUCUCAAAGUAAUAAAGUACCUCUGGAAGACAGAGCUUAUCUUCGUGAUCAGAGGAAAAAAAUUUGUCCAAAAGGUGCAUAUCAAUUUUCUUCUUGACUUGAUAAAGAACGACAAAAAAUAUCUCAUAACCGAGUUAAUGAAGAUGAGUUCCUCAUAGCACAAGUAAACUUACUUGAAGAAACAAGUGGUUUGACCAAUACGGAGGAUGAAGGUGAAUGGAAACCAGUAAAUAAUCCUAUUGGAAAAUACAACUUAGUUAAACUUCCAAGAUUUGCUAUGGAAUUAGUCAGAAAUGAGUGUUCGUCAAACGUAGGUGCAGUCCUUGCAAAUGCUUUACUACAUGACAUAAAACAUCUCUUGAAAAAUGACGUUGAUAUUAAAGAUAUUUUGAUUGACAAAUGCAAGUUAGAUAGGGCCAAGUCAAAAGUAAAAAUCGUUAGUGAAGAGGUGGACUCAGAACAAAAAAAACAGUUAAUUUGUCUUGGGGUUGACAGUAAGCUCGAUCAAAUAACUAAAACAAAUAUAGUAAUAAACUUACCUCAAGGAGAAGUACUAAAGAAAUGCAUUGAACUUGAACAUCAACUCACAUUUACUUAUGAAGAUGGAAAAUCGAGUGGAAAUUAUUUGACUUAUAGGACGAUUCCUGUCACCGGUGCUACAGGUUUAGUUCUUGCUACCGAAACGUUUAGUGUUUUACAAGAACUUAACAGUUUGGAAAGUAUACAAGCUGUUCUUCUUGAUAAUACUGCUACAAAUACUGGACCGCUUAACCAUGCAAGUCUAGCUAUUCGCCUUCUCUGUUUGUAUAUUAGAGACAAUCAACCAACUGUUUCUUUAAAAAAAACUUGUAUGUUUUAUUGUUCAGGUUUACGCUCCAGCGUAAAGCAAAGAGUAAACAACGAAAGUUUGGAGAAAAAAAUUCCAGAAAUUAAUUUUAAUGCUAAUCAUUGGUAUAAGUUGGUAGAUAUCAACAUUACUAAAUUUACGGAGCUCCCAACAACACAACAUUUUUCAGUUGAGGAAAUCCAAUAUGCGAUUGACAAUAAUGUUAAACCUGAAAUCCCCGACUUUCCAUCUCAUUCCCAGAGUGUUGAGUGA